GUAAAACGAAGCGUCUCUCAGAUCGGUGCAGAGGAAUUUGGAAAGUUUUGCCGCUCGAACGUUACCAAUCAGAAAUCGCAUCUACAAUAAAUGGCUCGACAACAAAUCAAAAGCCACAUUACAGUGCUGCUAAUGUUGUCUCUCGUGCCCCGACAUCUUACCGCCCAGCAGUGUGGAACGGAUCUUUACUCAAUCUAUCAAAUGAUGCUUAAAGGCCACACCUUUAAGACGUUGAAAAUCAAACCAGGUACACUAGAAUGCAGAGAAGCCUGUCUCGCUGAUGUCAGAUGCCAAAGUUAUAACGUCAUGGUGAAAGGAAUAUGUGAGUUAAGCAACAGAACUAAGGAGGCCAGGCCGGAGGAUUUUGUUAAAGACUUGGAACGAUACUACAUGAAAAGUUCUACAAGAGUUCCACUAGGUUCCAUUCCUGAGCUGCCAGGUAAUUCGUGUAGAGAGAUCAAGGCAAAUGAAGGUGAACAAGCGGUCAGCGGAAAUUACUGGUUGGAUUCCACCAGAUCUGGAAAGAGCAUGUUGGCUCGCUGUGACAUGAAAACAGAGGAUAUCAACGAAUGUGCAGAAGGAUCUCAUCGUUGCCAUCAAGACGCCACUUGUCAGAAUACUGCAGGCUCGUAUAAGUGUACAUGCAAUUCAGAAUACAUUGGGAACGGACUGAAUUGCGAGCCUGAAGAAUGUAGUAACUACAAGACUUUAACUUCUGCUCGAAGGAACAAAUCUUAUAAGUCAAGUACACCGUACAUAUGUGACGAUGAGCUGGAUGAGAAGUGGUACCGUUUUAAUGGAUACGCAGGUACAAAAAUGCCCACUUCGUGUGUCACCUUCAAAAGAUGUGGCGGCCAGAGACCAGGCUGGUUGAGUGGUGGUCAUCCUACAAAAGCUGAUGGCAGAGUGUCCAGAACGGUUUAUUUCCGCUCAGUCGACAACUGUAAAGUAAAAUCGAAGAUUAUCCAAGUUAGAAACUGUGGUUCUUACUAUGUUUACCACUUAAGCGCUGUAAACCAUGGCUCAAACUGCGCUCGUUUCUGUGGCACUUGAUAAAUAACUUAAGCAUUCUGGGUGACUUGCAAAACCAAGGCAUCCCGCGUUCACGAUUGGACAAGGUUGUCUUGGGGCUAUUUGAAACUUCGGAUUUCUUCUCUCAUGAAUACUUGUACUUGUGUCCAUAACCUUGCUAUGGUUUGCCUUUGUAAUUAAUUAAAAAAGAUUUUGACACUUGACCCAUAAUCGUGCGAACACUAUUACUUGGUUAAAUACCAUAAGCGUUCUCGUGGUUUUUUUAAAACUGAGUUGGCGUUAGUCGCAUAGAGAACAAAUCGGCCCUGAAUCAGAAGUUCUCGCGCACAACGAAAAAACUCAGCGGUGUCUAUCUUUAAGAUUGAUUUCUUAGUAAACUCGAAAAAUAUCACUUUUUUUUUUCUUUAGAACUAGUUAAGUUAACUUUUCUUAUUUGAUCAGGAAAGUUUUGUGUUAUUUUGUUGUCUGUGUUACUGUUUCUCUUUUUUUUGUCUGAUUUCAUUACGUUGCCAGAGAAUUGUACUGGUGACUUGCGGGUGAUGUUUUGCCCCUAAUGUUGUGGAAAAUAUGUCAUCAAUAUGUAAGAUGUAAAAAUAUAUCAUACCGUGAUUAAAGUGCAGAGCGCUCUUCAAUUGAGUGCCGUUAAAAUCAAAACCAAAGUUAUCUUAACAGCCAGUCAGAAGAAGGAAAUAUCACAAGGAUUCAAAGAGAAGGUAGAAUAAAAACGAGUCAACUGCCUGAGGUGCGAGAAAACGCGCGA